AUGGGGGCCAGGACCCCUCUGCCUUCUUUUGGGGUUUGCACCUUUGCCGAGACAGGGAUUUUGUUCCCAGGAGACACUCCCCGGCCCAUGGGAUCUCAGCAUUCAAAGCAACACAGGAAACCUGGGCCCCUGAAACGAGGCCACCGAAGAGAUCGGAGAACAACCAGGAGGAAGUACUGGAAGGAAGGAAGGGAGAUCGCUCGUGUCUUAGAUGAUGAGGGCAGCAACCUGAGGCAGCAGAAGCUUGACCGGCAGCGGGCCCUGCUGGAGCAGAAGCAGAAGAAGAAACGCCAGGAGCCCCUGAUGGUGCAGGCCAAUGCCGAUGGGCGGCCCCGGAGCCGACGGGCCCGGCAGUCGGAGGAGCAGGCCCCCCUGGUGGAGUCCUACCUCAGCAGCAGUGGCAGCACCAGCUACCAAGUUCAAGAGGCCGACUCACUUGCCAGUGUGCAGCUGGGAGCUGCCCACCCAACAGCACCAGCCUCAGCCAAGAGAACCAAGGCAGCGGCCGCCGCGGGGGACCAGGGCGGGGCCUCUAGGAAGGACAAGAAGGGGAAGCACAAAGGCACCAGCGGGCCAGCAGCACUGGCAGAAGACAAGUCUGAGGCCCGAGGCGCAGUGCAGAUCCUGACUGUGGGCCAGUCGGACCAUGCCCAGGACGCCGGGGAGACGGCAGCUGGUGGGGGCACACGGCCCAGCGGGCAGGACCUCCGUGCCACGAUGCAGAGGAAGGGUGUCUCCAGUAGCAUGAGCUUUGAAGAGGAAGAGGAGGAUGAGGACGAGAAUAGCUCCAGCUCCUCCCAGCUAAACAGCAACACCCGCCCCAGCUCCGCUACUAGCAGGAAGUCCAUCAAGGAGGCAGCCUCGGCCCCCAGCCCGACAGUCCCAGAGCCUUCCGUGGAUCUUGAGGUCCAGGAUCUUGAGGAGUUUGCACUGAGACCCGCCCCCCAGGGUAUCACCAUCAAGUGCCGCAUCACGCGGGACAAGAAGGGGAUGGACCGGGGCAUGUACCCCACCUACUUUCUGCACCUGGACCGCGAGGAUGGGAAGAAGGUAUUCCUCCUGGCGGGAAGGAAGAGAAAGAAGAGUAAAACUUCCAAUUACCUCAUCUCUGUGGACCCAACAGACUUGUCUCGAGGAGGGGACAGCUACAUCGGGAAACUCCGGUCCAACCUCAUGGGCACUAAGUUCACUGUUUAUGACAAUGGAGUCAACCCUCAGAAGGCGUCAUCCUCCACUUUGGAAAGUGGAACCUUGCGUCAGGAGCUGGCGGCUGUGUGUUAUGAGACAAAUGUCUUAGGUUUCAAGGGGCCACGGAAGAUGAGUGUGAUUGUCCCAGGCAUGAACAUGGUUCACGAGAGAGUCUCCAUCCGGCCCCGCAACGAGCAUGAAACACUGCUAGCACGCUGGCAGAAUAAAAACACGGAGAGUAUCAUCGAGCUGCAAAACAAGACACCUGUCUGGAACGAUGACACACAGUCCUACGUACUCAACUUCCAUGGGCGCGUCACACAGGCCUCCGUGAAGAACUUCCAGAUCAUCCAUGGCAAUGACCCGGACUACAUCGUGAUGCAGUUUGGCCGGGUAGCAGAGGAUGUGUUCACCAUGGAUUACAACUACCCAUUGUGUGCGCUGCAGGCCUUUGCCAUCGCCCUGUCCAGCUUCGACAGCAAGCUGGCCUGCGAGUAGAGGCCUCCUCAUGCCCUUUGGGGUUCUCAGCCUGGAGAGGAGCUGCCUGCCUGCCUGCCUGUGGAGACAGCCUUGCCUACCCUCUGUACAUAGGCCUCCUGCCAGAUGAACCUUUGGCUCUCAGUGGGCUCCCUGGCCAAGCCAGCCAAGAAUUGGCUCCUCUGCCUCCACCAUUGAGGCAGAGAAGUGGGGGUGUGUGUGAAGGGACCAGAGGGAAUUCUUUCUGUGCCCCAAGAUCCACACACACCCCCACUCUUGGGUUAGUAUCCUGCUGCAAUCAUGUUUGCCAAGCUAGGCAGCUGCCUCAGCUGGGAAGGCGGGAAGGGGUGUAGCGGGAGAGGAAGCACAACGCAGGGCUGCUGUGGCCCAGCCAUCCACUCAGCCCAGGAGUCAGAUGACAGCGGUCCCCAACAGUGAAGGACACAUGAGUAUGUGUGUGUUAAAGUAUGUGUAGGGCACACUGACUUUACAUAGCAAAGAGUUUGGUAGCCUAGCCUGGCCCCUACAACUACAGAAAGUCCUCCGACUUGAGAUGGCUUCAGCCAGGCCUGAGAGAAACUACAGGUUGGGGCAAGGUGAGUGGCAGGACCUUGUCAGGAUUGCAGGGACCUGGUUGUGGCUCUGGGAAGUGGCUGUUGGCCUGGGGUUCUAGCUUAUUUGAUUUCUCUAGGUUUUCUCUGUGCAGGGGUGGCAGGAGGCUGACCCUCAAGGCCAGAUGUCUUAGAGGAUGGGGCACACAGGCCACAGGCUCAGCAUGCAGGAGGUGUCUGGAACAGGUUCCCUCAUCAGGCCUGUCCUGGGAGCCCUGUCAACUGCCCCUGGAGCUCUCUGCUGAGCAGCCCCUGUACAACCCCCAGGAAAUGUGGACAGGGCCUAGGUCACCAGCCCCACACUGCACAUAGGUAGGCAUGCCUGGGGCUCUGGCUGGCAGGGCACCAGUCCUAAGCCCUGGCAUGCUCCAGGAAAAACUUCUAGCUCCAGGUGCUCUUGCCUGUGCUCCCACUGAGUCAGCCCAAGUCAUAGUUGCUGAGGGCUUCUCUGUGUGGUUCUUCUUGGGUGGGAAUGGGACAGGAGGAGGAAAGCAGGGAGUAUUUUAGAAUCACAAGAGAUGAGAGGUGGCAGGACCCUUAGAGAUCAACUAGUACACACUGGUCACUUUAGGUGACCCACUCUCAGAAAAUGGGACUUGCCCUGGGUCACGUGGCUGGUUAGUGGCAGAGUUCAGAACUUCAGCGCCCUUGAUUUCUUUGUUCCCACCAUCCCCUACAAAAUUGCUAUCUCCUGCUCUCUGGCCUCUCUGGGGCCCAUUCCAUGGGCCCUUGCCCUUUUGCCUGAUUCCAGAGACUAAAAAACAUCAGAGUUGAUGUAUGACAUUGAAACCAUUUCAGUAGGAAAUUGGGCAGUUCCCUGCUGCUGAAAGCUGUCUGGCUCCUCCCUGACAGGCUUAGUAGGGCUGCUGCCCAUUUCUCCAUCUAGGUGUGAUAGGUAGGUGGGGUGUGAGUGCUCCAUGGCUGGGCCUGGUCUCUCCCUCCACCUGCAUCCUUCUCCUUGGAUGGCACCAUUUACCCUGCAGACCUAGGACCUCUAAGCUCUUGCCUAUUUGUCGUUUAUCCUGGCAGAGACUACUUGCCUAAAUGGAGAUCAGAAAUCAGUGGGAAGCAAGCAGGACUUGUUCCUUACUUCAGAGUAGAUGUGGUUGGAAAGGCUAUGUAGAAAUUGAUUUUUUUAAAAAAUAAAAGUCAUAUUUUAGACAUGUUAGGUGAGGUGAGGGAGGUCAAGGAGUUCUUUUGACCUAAGUGGAAGUAACACACUCUCCUUGUAGGCUAGGGUUUCCUAUGUUGAGUGCUUAAAGCAAGGCAGACCUGUUCUGGCCUGGAUCUUCCCUCAACUUGGGCAUACAUCUCUGUGAGAGGCCCCUCCAAUGAUCUCAUUUUUGUUAACAUGGUCUAGUUUCUAGACAGCUCUUGAUUUGGGGCCUUUUCGAGGGCACUAGAACUUUUUGUACUGGAGCUGGCCCCUUUUCAAUGACAUACUGUGGUGCCAUCCUCCUUUCCACGGUCCCAGUUUGGUUCUUCUUUUCCUGACUUUGAGAAGAGACCCGCUGACAUUUAGGAUGAUGGAAACUAGAUGAUCUCUAAAGUCUGGUCAAGCUGUUUCUCUGCAUCUACAAUUCUAAGGUAGAACAGGCUUAUUUUGGAUCCUGGUGGCAGAAUGGAAAAAACAGAAGCACAAUGGAAAGCUUGUGUCCCCUGCUUUCUCCUCUGGUACACAGGAGAGGGCGUUGGCUGCAUAUUUUCAUACGUUCAGAAACAUGGGCUGAGCUUUCCGGUCUAGGUGUGGGGAAGGUCACCUCAGCAACAAAACCCUCUGUUGGGCACUGAGUGACAAGCAAGAGCAGUUGAGUCACCUGCUCGAGACCCAGCCUCACAAGGUCUGUUUUUAGGACCCCAUUCCCGGUGAUGCUGGUUUUCCUUGACCACUGGCCUCAGAGCCAUGGGCCCAAAGACUCAUAAAGCUGCCAGGGCCCCUGGAGACCACCUGGGCUCAGCCUCUCCCACAGUAAGAGUUCUCGCCCGUCACAGCCUCUACCCAGCUGGUCCUUGGUUGGGCAGGGAACUUGAUGAUGGAAUGAGCAGUCCCUAAGGGUGUCGGGCAGCUGGAACCUUAGGCAGCUCCUCUGUAACUGCUCCCGAUUCUCUAACAACUCCUGGGGCCACACCCCAAAACUCUACACCCUCUGCCCCAAAACAGUUCUUCUGCAGAGCAGUGAAGUUCACUUCCCCAACUCCUGCAAUUCUAGCUUUUCUUUCCUUCUGGCUCCAAGGUGCUCUGUGUCUCUGUGUGUGUCUGUGUGUGUGUGUAUUUGGGGAAAAGGGCAAUCUGGAAACAAUCAACUGAGGUUUCUUAUUAUGAUCAUGUUGCUAAGGAUGAGUAGGAAAGGAAUAAGGAUGUAGUUGUGAUCACCUGUGGAUUUUGUUGGUGCAUUUCAUGUUCUUCGAUCAGAAAGUACGCCUGGGAAAGGACCAGCUCGCUCUCUCAAGGUUCUGAUUGGGAGGACACCAUCCAGGAAAGGGGUUAGUUUUCCAGUUCCCAUUCUGCACUAUCUGAAGGAAUUGGUGUUUUGCAUGCAUGCUUUUGGAUGGAUUUGAACAUAUUCUAGUGAAUGUGCCUUAAAAAUCAUGACACUAGUUCAGAAGGAGUGUGUAAGGUCCAGACCAUGCUGAGGACAGGGGUUGGAAGCCAGGGAGUGUGAUAAUCACAGGCUAGAAGAGAACCUUUGGAGCCGCCUCCUUCAGUGACAAGAAGGGUGAUGACGUUGUAGAAGCUUCAUGCUGGAAAGAGUGGAGCAUUUACCUCUAAAUAAAUUUACCAUUUAUUUAGAAGCAGUUCUAAAUUUAACAAGCAACAGUGAUUUCAAACCAAGAGGUCCACGCUUUCCUCACAGUGGGGUCUGCAAUGAGGAGAGGUGCGGGGCCGGCCGUGUCCUUGGUUCUGUUAAGGAAGCACAAAUCCCAUCUCUGAGAUGGAGUCCCUGGUUCUCCCUUCUGCAUGAACACUGGCCUUCCCCUCUCUAAUCCCUCAUCCCAGCCGAGAGAUCCCUGCGGCCUCGGGAUGCCAGAUGGCCUCAGAGCACACUUUUCCAGAUAGAUGAGUGAGUGCUUUCUUGUGGUGCCCAGCACUGAGUAGGGCCUGAUUCCCUACUGCCCUGGGCCCUGGCUUGUAGAACUGUAGCAGCCCCCAGGAAUAGGCCAAGGGACAGGCUCUUGUUUGAGCUUAUUGGUCACCUGUUCUUCCGUACCUCCCGUUUGCAAUUUUCUGUCAUCUCAGGGUAUGGGGGAAAGGCAUAGCAGAAGUAUUGGGACAGGUCUGGUUAUGGAACUUUUCAAACAGGGUGAGAGGCAAGUUAGUCUUACCAAAAGCACUAUUGCACUUAGUAGCUAUGUGACUUUGAGCAAACCACAUCGUUUUUCUGGGUCUGUCUUUCAUACAAAAUGAGGUUGGACUGUCAAAGCUUUGCAGUAGGAUUCAGGGUGAAUGAAAGUUGAUCCUUGCUUUCAUCACUACCUUUUCUAGCUCAUCACUGUGCCUUUUUUCUUCCCUAAGAAAGACAUCACACCCCUUCCCUCUUCUGCCCUACUGUCCCUCCCCCUUCCGGCAUCAAGGUCCAGGCAGAGCUGGAGAUUAGGCUGAGAUCCAGAAUUUCCUAGAGUAACCUAGAGUGGCUUAGAAAGGGAAGCCCGACUCUGGCCUCUUUAAUCCUGCAUUUGGUGACAAAGGGGGCUUGGUCAGGAUGGGUGACACUUCUCUUGCUGGGAGCAUACAUUUAGCCAGUUUUCAUAAUGCCUAGAAUGUGUAUGUCUAUUUGCACAAGAUUGUCUUUUCCUAUUUUGGAGUGAUCAGACAUUUUAUUUUUGUUCAAAAUUAUCUGGAGUUUUAGAUGAACUUGCAAAACUGCGCUUUUAUUAAGUGACUUUUUUGAAUAAACUCUUUGGUAUUCUGGAGCAAAUGUAUUUAUUUACUGGUAUGUGCAAUGACAAAGUUGGUAUUUUCCCAUGUUGACAUUAUGUAUGUUGUAGAACUUAGUGUUUGUCUAAGUACAGACCGUAUAUCAACUAAUUAAACGAACUGUUUCAACA